AUGAAGCCCUCGUUGUCGCUGGCUGCCCUCGCGCUGGCAGGCACUGUUUUCGCAGACGAUUACCUGUACAGCAGGCGUCUGACCAGGCGAUUUGUGGAUAACGACGGGAAUUACAACGUUUCCUUCUUCCACGUCAACGAUGUCCAUGCACACCUGGACGAGUUCUCCUCCUCGGGGACAGCAUGCGAGGACCCAAAGCAGGGCUGCUAUGGCGGCUACGCGCGCAUCAAGACCAAGGUCAACGAGCUGCGCAAGGAGUACCCCGAUAAUCUGUGGCUGAAUGCCGGGGAUGAGUUCCAGGGGACUCUCUUCUACCAGUACUACGGGGGCGAGAAGAUCGCUGAGACGGUCAACGACCUCAAGUUCGACGCUAUGACGCUGGGGAACCACGAGUGGGACGGCGGCGAUGAAGCGCUGGGCGAGUUUCUGCACAAUCUGACGUUCCCUGUUGUCUCUUGUAAUGUCAAGAGCCAGGUUAAGUCGCUGAACAGGACGAUCAAGAACUACCACAUCUUCCAGGACCAUGGGAUUGCUGUUAUUGGCGCUACGACUCCUACAACGCCGGGCAUCUCCAAGGUCGGCAACACGACCGUCUUUCUUGACCCCGUACCAGAGGUCCAGAAAGCCAUCUGGGAGAUCCGGAACAAGACAGACAUAGCCGUCAACCGCAUCGUCCUCCUCUCCCAUCUCGGCUACGACGAAGACCAGAAACUUGCCGCCCAAACCGAGGGUCUCAGCCUGAUUAUCGGCGGCCACUCGCACACUCUCCUCGGAGACAUGGCCGACGCAAAGGGCAAAUACCCGACCAUCGUCGAGGAUAGGAAGGGCCACGAGGUCUUCAUCGUCACGGCCUAUCGCUGGGGCGAGUACAUCGGGGCCAUUGAUCUCACCUUCGACCGCGAGGGCCACGCCCUUGCAUACCACGGCGCGCCGAUCCACAUGGACAACAGCACGCGCCUGGACGAGGAGCUCGACGACAGGAUCCAGGAAUGGGCUGAGGCGUUUGAAGACUUCGCCGCUGAAGUUCUCGGUACGACGGACGCCGUGCUGGUCCAGGGGACAUGCCAGGAGGGCGACUGUCUUCUAGGCCAGGUCAUGGCGGACGCAAUGCUAGAGUACCGCGUGAACCAAACCGAGGGCACAGAUGAUGCGAAGCCCGAUCUGGCCUUGAUUAAUGCCGGGGGAGUACGUGCUGAGAUCAACGAGGGCGAUAUCACCCGCGGCGAAGUCCUUACGGCGUUUCCCUUUGGGAAUGCCAUUGUCGAGCUGCAGUUCUCUGGAGCGGAUCUGCGGAAGGUUCUUGAGGGUGCGGUGUCGUAUGUGAAUCAGUUUAAUAAUGAGCAAAUCACCUCGUGGUUCCAGGUGUCUCGUGGCGUGCUUAUCCAGUUUAACCCGCAGAACGAGGCUGGGAGCAGGAUUGUCGAUGCUACGAUCGACGGUGAGGCUAUUGAUGAUGACCGGGACUACCGCGUUGUGACUCUGGACUUCCUGGCUGGCGGUGGUGACAAUAUCUUUGAGGCUACGGAUGACUUUAUUACGCUGGAUACCCAGGACGAGGUGUUGACGCAGUACAUUGUAGCGCGGACGCCGCUUUCGCCCAGGCUUGAGGAGAGAGUUGUGGAAAGCGACGGCAUCGUGUAG